AUGGCCGGCCCCGCGGGUGGCCAGAACGAGACGGAGGAGAAGCGGCCGUCCGACGCGUCGGCGUGGGCGCGCUUCCGGGCCAGGGCAGUCAAGCUCUUCAAGCUCGUGCUCGCGCAGUGGCUCGUCAUCGGGUUCGGUCUGAGUUGCGUGUUUGCGUACUUCUUCCCAAAUGUCGCCGCCAGGGGCGGACCGAUCAGGUCCGAGUACUCCAUCAUCUACGGCGGCAUCGCCAUCAUCUUUCUCGUCAGCGGCCUGCAGCUCUCACAUGCGAAGCUGCGGCAGAACCUCACCAACUGGCGCUUGCACAUCAUUGUCCAGGGCAUCAGCUUCAUCGUCAUACCCGUAGUACUACUAAUCCACAUCAUCAUCGCCGCGGGCGGCCUCCGCAACAACGUCCUGUCGACCCCCAUCAUCGUCGGCAUGGUCGUCGCCUCGUGCCUGCCGACGACCAUCGCCUCCAACGUCGUCAUGACGCGCGCCUCGGGCGGCGACGACGCGGCGGCCAUCAUCGAGGUCGUCAUCGGCAACGUCCUGGGCAGCUUCAUCUCGCCGGGCCUCAUCUACGGCUUCAUCCCCAAGACGCCCGAGUUCGCCAACUGGCAGCCCGCCAACCCGAGCACCCUCGGCGCCAUGUACGCCAACGUCCUCAAGCAGCUCGGGUUGAGCGUCCUGCUGCCGCUGGCGGUGGGGCAGGUGGUGCGGUGGUUUUGGGAGAAGAGAGUCGAGUGGGCGCUGAGGACGUUUUACCUCGCCAAGGUGUCGACGUUUUGUCUGAUUUUGCUCGUCUGGACGACCUUUUCGGCCGCCUUUAAGACGGGCGCGCUCUUCGUGACCCCGCACGCCUCCAUCAUCUUCAACGUCUUCAUGAACGUCGCCCUCUACGCGCUCUUCACCCUCAUCUGCUUCUACGCUGCACGCCCGCCGCUGUCGGCGUGCGAGGCGCUGUCGCGGGAGCAGACCAUCGCCGUGUGCUUCUGCGGCGCCGCCAAGACGACGUCCCUGGGCAUCCCGCUGGCGACCGCCAUGUGGACGAGCUCGGACGACCUGACGCGGGCGCUGAUCCAGAUCCCCGUGCUGCUGUAUACCAUUGAGCAGGUGUUCAUGGCGCAGAUCCUGGUGUACGUCUUCAAGUGGUAUCUGAGGAGGGCUGCGAAGGCGGAGGCUGAGGCGACGGAGGACGAGGAGGGCGGUGGUGGCGGUGUGGACUCCGGGGCUGGCAGCCUCGCGGACGGCAGGAGGGAAGAUGGGCACUUGGGGAAUUCCGUCGGGUAUGGCGAGGACGAAGGGGGGAAAGGAAAGGAACAAGGGGGGUUGGUGAUGUGGUACCUGUUAAGACGAUGUCGCAGACAUGACGUCUGCUGGCUACUUACUAACUCGAUAGUCAGGUAA